GGUCGGAGGUGGAUGGGAAGUUGGAGAGGACGGCGGGAUGGGUGGGUGAGGCAGGAGGGACCAUUAGAAGUGGGUGACGUGGGUGAUCGAGGCAAGCUAAGAAAAGAUGAUGAUGACUUGAGAGGGACUUUUUGGACUUACCGCAAGAUAGUCUUUCAAUGAACAUCUGCUCGAUAGCAUCGGCUCGGCACUUUUUUAUCGCACAUCUUCCCGCAAAAGCCCAACUCUUUCGCCACCAUCCCCUGGAUCAGUGACCACAGUUUUUGCACUUAAUUUUCCACGAGUUAAAACUUAUUUACUCUCUUCAUCCUCUAAAUUAAAAAAAAACACCACCAAGAAGUGGACAAGCUGUGCGGAUUUUGCGGUUCUGAAGUCUCAUGUUGGGAAAAUACCACAAAAUUCUCCACGGACUUUUCCAAGCAUCUGACGUCUUGGAGGAAAUUUUCAGUGAAGUCUCAAGACAAGUUCAGCAUUUGUGAUUGUGUCUAACAAGACUCCCUGUCUUCGAUGUGAGGCACUGUAUACCAGGACAAAAAAAUCCACCAAAUUGGGAUGUGAAAAGUGACGUGGAGAAUUUUUCUCACAUGCCGAGACGGCUCUAUUAAAAAAAAUAGGGAUUUCUGGUGAAGACAUGCCAAAGUAGGAGGAAGGAGGAACUCGAGGGAUUGUGAUAUGGUGGAGGAAUUCCUUGGGAAUUUUCAUGAGGAUAUGUUAUAGGAAAAUUCGGUGAAGUGUGAGUGAUAGUGGGAUUGGGAAACUGUAUCAAAAAGAUGCACCUCGCAUCCGAAGUGAGUUCCACAACGAAUUCAGUGCCUCUGGAGGGCUCUGAAAUGCAAAUGAACAGCACGAGUGGUGGUAGUGGUGGUACAGGGAGUACAGCUAAUACUUCCAGUGGUAGCAAUUCAUCUAUGACUGUCCUUACAGCGGAAAAUCUUGCAGAACGUACCCUGGAGGGGCUCAUGGCUGAGCAUCCAGGAGAACUGGUGCGAACGGGAUGUCCGCAUGUUGUCUGCACGGUGUUACCUCAGCAUUGGAGAUCAAAUAAAACCCUCCCGGUGGCAUUCAAAGUGGUGGCACUUGGUGAGGUCGGUGAUGGUACUUUAGUCACCGUGAUGGCGGGAAAUGAUGAGAACUACUGUGGCGAAUUGCGAAAUAGCACAGCCGUGAUGAAGAAUCAAGUGGCUAAAUUCAACGAUUUGCGGUUUGUAGGUCGUAGCGGAAGAGGCAAGAGCUUCACACUUACGAUUGUGAUAUCAACUGUUCCGAUGCAAAUUGCUACAUACACGAAAGCAAUUAAGGUGACUGUUGAUGGUCCGAGAGAACCACGUUCGAAAAUACGUCACCAAGGCUUCCAUCCAUUUGCAUUUGGUCCCCAGAGAUUUGCACCAGAUCCCUUAAUGGGUGGUCUUCCAUUUAAGCUGUCAGGAUUUGCUCAUCAUUUGGCUGGAAUGCCAGGGGCUCACUUGGCAAGCGAUUGGCGUGCUCUGAGUGCUCGUCACAACUUUCCCCCGGCCCAGUUUCUCCAUCAUCAUCACCCGCCGCAAUUCAAUCCACAUAUGCUGGCGACGAUGGAUCGCAUGGAGCGGUCCAUGAAUGGCUCACCGCGAGCGCUAAAUCAAAUCUCGUGCAAUCCGCACAGUACAACGAGUCCCAAGGGGUCACCAAUUCACCUGGGUACGGGAACAGCAGUGGGGACCCCGGGUGGUGAGGGUGGCCGUGGGACACCAACGCUAACGGAUGAAAAUGGUGAUAAUAACAACAAUGUCGAUGGUGCAAGCUAUGAGAGCGACAACAACAUAUCAGUAACGGGGUCACCGCGGGUUGUACACUCGUCAUCUCUGGAGGAUAACGAAGACAAGAGAAGCCCAACGCCUACGGGCGCUUUUACAUCCUUCAUAAAUCGCGGAAGCUCCUGUGAGACAUCACUUGCCACCAUGAAGAAGACGAAUGAUCUUCUAUCCGGCUUCUCAGGACAUCUUCAUCAUGCUCCCUUCAAUCCUGCUCUUGCAGCUCAACUUUUUCUCCAGGCACCCCUUAUCCCGCCACCUAGUCAGUGGCUGUAUACCCAACUCUAUGGGAAUUACCAUGAUUUCCCAUGGUUUCGCAAUACUCUCCCUUCGGCAAAUACUUUUCGUGGCGGUACAAGCCCUGAAUCCACCGAAUCUCCUCCUGGACUCGUUAAGCGUUCCUCCGUAACCCUAAUUUCGCAUUCAAAUCACGAUGUGGGAAAUGCAACCAAAGAAGAAGCAGAGAAUCGUCUCUCACCACCGGUUACGUCUACCAAGAGAUCACCCAGUCCUGAGGAUAUGGAAGAGACGCCUAGUGAGAAAAAAUUGGACACCAUAGGGGCGGCAAAUAGGUGUCGUACUCCCAAGCAUAGCGAUGUAUGGAGGCCAUACUAAAAGACAUCAAAAUUGAUUUUUUUAAUCAAUUGUAUAUUUUUUGCUUUUCAAUCUUAAGGAAGGUUAUUAUUUUUGUCUAUAAAUUUUCAAAUCUUAUGUUAAAAACUUUUAAUUUACUUUAAACUGUUUUUUUUAGCAAUAUUAAUUUCAUUGUAUAAGAAAUCAUUAAAAGCUUUAUUUAUCAUAUUUUCUUGGAAUAAAAUGUGUAAAAAUUGAAUGAAAUCUUUAAUUAAAAAAUGUAAAUACUUCAUCAAAAUUAGUGUUGAGAGUAAAAAAUGAAAGGUUAAAUAAGUGAAUAAUAUUUAAAAAUAUACAUAAACUGUCUGAGUAUGUCUUUCAA